UCAAUAUCCUUUGCUGUCUUGUACUCCUUUGACCUCUGCUUUGGAGGAAUUUGGGGCAACACAAGUGUCUUUCUCUGUUAACAUAACCAUGGACUGAAAUAAAUUAGAAAUAACAAUAAAUCAGAAAAUAUUAGUUUGCAUCUAUAAAACAAAAACUAGUGAUAAAAGUAAAUCUUAAGAAUACCUUGAUUAAUGUUGUCCGGGACAAUUAAGAACAGUGAAUCAAAUUACAUUGGGACAUAAACAAAUAAAAAGAGUCUAUCUGUAUUUACUGCACAUGCUUUCUAGCUUCAAAUAGUCAAAUGUCAAAGUCCGAACAGCCAUCAAUGGAAAUGGUUAAAGCUGCACUGAUGUCAAUAGACACAACAUCACACAACAGUGGGAACAUGUUGGCGAGUCAACACCAACAACAUUCUAGAGAGCUUAUCAUUUAUUCAUUUAUUCAUUUAUUCAUUUGGCAAUUCAACGCCAGCUGUAUUUAUUAAGCUCCUUUCAUUCACAAAAGCAUUUCAAAGUGCUAUAAAAGCAAUAGAAGACAUUAAAUAAGAAAAACAAAAAUCUAAAGAGCCAGAAGCACAAAGAAAAACGGAUGAGAGCACAAAGCAAUAAGUAAAGGAAAGUGCAGCACUCAGGUAUAGGGCGUAAGUUCUUAACAUUCAGAGAGUUAGAAAACUGAAAUAUCUCCCGUGAGUUUGUUCCAAGCUCUGUGGAGCAUUGUGGUCCACAUGGUAAAACAAAAAAAGGGUGAAAAUAAAAAUUUGAGUGCAAAAAUAUUAUACAAUACAAAUAAAAAAGGCGGUUAAAACUACAAACAAAGAACCAUUCCUUUUUAGGGAAUGCUUUCCCUGUUAAUAAUUCAUCCUCAUGAAGUCCAGCUACAACAAAAGGAGUCCAACAAACAUGAUGCACAAGCAAAAAAACUACAACACAUUUUGAAAAAGGACUUAAUAAAAAAGUAAAGCAAGUACAGAGUCCUCCAGUGCAACUGUAUUAGAAACAUGACAAGAGCAGUUAAGAUAUUGUCACUCACAGGAUUUUCAGACAAGGACCAAAUGUAACACCCUCAGCUUGUGCAUGCUCAUCAGUCUGACCAUACCAAGAAUCUGGCGAUAUUUGCAUCUAAUAUGACUCACAUACAUACUGUACAUAUGCACAGCAUUUACCAAGCACGUAAAUCAUGUUAAAUCUGCUUAGGAAUGACAGUAUCCUAAUGAUUCUUUCUGUUCAAAAUGUAUGCCAAUUAUACAAUUAUAUAUGUAUGCAAAACAUACUUUUUGUUGACUGACCCAUGAAAUCAAUGCCCAGCUUUAAACACGCAGCUUUAAAUACUGUUUAUUAUUGAUAGGCUAAGACAUUUUUUCCAUGCAAACAAAUUGCUUUUAAUGGCAUCAUCUUCACAAUUCCACAACGUCCAGCUUGUUAACAGCAGCAAAACUCAUGUAAUGUUAUCAACGCUCUGCCACAUACAGUACUGUUUUUCCUGCCGCAAGCAUUUCACCUCCAUUGCCCUUAAGACUGCAAAAUGCUGCGUCUCCCUGCUCAUUUCUUCAUACUUAAACUAUAUAUUCUACAGUAUAUAUUUUGCCUAUUACAGGUCUUUCAUGCCAAGACAAAAUAAUUAAAGACCCCGGACCAGCUGAACCCCUGUGAUCAGCAUUCAGUGAUGCCGCCCUCGAGAUUUCUAUGGGCAUCAAGAAGAAGUCCAAGGUGCCCGGUGUCAUGAUAACGCAGUUUUUGGAGGAACUUCCAGAGGGAAUGACAACUCCAGAUUUCACCCGCAAACCCAUUGCUCUGACUAUUCAAGAGGGUAAAUGUGCUGUCUUUAAAGCCAUAGUAGUGGGCAACCCAACACCUACCAUAACAUGGGGCAGAGCAAACGGAGAAAUACAUUAUCACCCCGACAUGUGCCUACAAAAGUAUGAUGAAACAUCUCAUGAACACACCAUUGAGUUUCCAAAGGUCGCUCCAGAGGACGCAGACACCUACAAGUGUUUUGCAACAAAUGAACACGGAAAGGCUGUUUGCACUGUUGUCCUGAAUAUUAUUCAGGUUGGAUUCUCCAAGACCAAGGAACUUCAAAAGAAACAAGGAGAAGAUACAAAGGACUUCAGAAAAAAGCUUAAAAAACGUAAUGAUGACGGAACACGUGAUGCAAAGCCGAUGGAGCCAGAGGAGAAGGUCUGGGAAAUCCUCCUUAGUGCCGACAAGAAAGACUACGAGCGGAUCUGUGCGGAGUAUGGUAUCAAGGACUUCCGCUAUAUGCUGAAGAAACUCACUGAAAUGAAGAAAGAGAGAGAGAAGGACAUUGCAGAGUUUGUUACACACAUCAGUACACUGAAACAUAUUGAAGUCAAUGACGACUGUGCAACAAUUGAGUUGGACAUGGACCUCAAGGACCCUACCAGCAAAGUUUUCCUGUACAAGAAUGGCGUCAUGAUUCCAUUCACCACAGAAGACAGGGAGGGGAUGAAGCAUCAUUUGAAACAAGUUGGCAAGAAAUAUAUAUUCACAAUUAAAAAUCUCGGUUCAGAGGAUGCUGGACUCUACUCAGUGGAUGUUGGGGGCAUCAAUGUAUUCUCUACAGAUUUUAAAGUGCCUGAAGUUGACUUUGCUGUCAAAAUACAAGAAGUUAAAGCAGCAGAACGAGAGGACGCCCUCUUCCAAUGUGUCCUGACUGCACCUAUGAAUGAGCUCAGAUGGUUGGGCAAAAACACUGCGCUGACAAAUAGCAAGAAACAUGAAAUCACUGUAUCUGAAGAUAAGCUCAUACACAAGUUGAUUGUGCGGGACUGUAUGCCUUUGGACGCCGGCAUCUAUGUCGCAGUGGCAGGAAUCAAAUCCUGCAAUGCCUGGCUGGUAGUUGAAGCCGACAAGGAUCCUGCCAACAAGGGCAAGAAGGCCAUUCGCAAAACUACAGUGGCUGGAGGCGGUAAUGAAGAAGAUCUGAUGAAAAUAGCCAAGGAACAGCAGGAAAAAUAUCAGAAAGAAAUGGAAGAGAAAAUGGAAAUUGCCAAGAAGGCUCAAGCAGAGCGAGAAGUGUCAGAAGCAGCUGCCAAAGUGGAGUCUGAAGCAACUAAAAAGGCGGCGGCAGAAGAAAAAGCUGUAGCUUUAACUGCAGCUAAGGCUGCAGCUAACGCUAAGGCUAAGGCAAAGAAGGAAGCGGCCAGCCAGGAUGCAGCUGCCAGCAAGGAUGCAGCUGCCAGGAAGAAAAAAGAAGCUGGUGCUGCUGACGGUAGCGGAGGCACUGGCGGAGCCGGUGCUGCUGAUGGUAGCGGAGGCACUGGCGGAGCUGGUGGUGCAGGGGGUGCAGGGGCUGCAGGGGGUGCUGGUGGCAAAGGUGGGGGGCAGGGGCUGAUGGAACCGAUGGUGGCAAAGGUGCAGAUGGUGGUGCCGGUGGUGGAGGUGGAGGCAAAGAUGGAAUUGUGGCUGGAGCUAAAGGUGGAGCUGGAGCUAAAGGUGGAGCUAAAGGUGGUGCUAAAGGUGGUGGUGGAGCUGGAGGUGGAGCUGGAGCUGGAGCUAAAGGUGGAGCUAAAGGUGGUGCUAAAGGUGGUGGUGGAGCUGGAGGUGGAGCUGGAGCUAAAGGUGGAGCUAAAGGUGGUGCUAAAGGUGGUGCUGGAGGUGGAGCUGGAGCUGGAGGUGGUGAAGCGAAAAACAGAGAAGCGAGCGGUGCCAGUGGUGAUAAUGGCACUGGGCCAGCGGCAGGCUGUGAUGAAUCUGCUGAAAAUGGUGAGGGUGCAGACGGCGGCGAGCCAGCAGCAGCUGGCAAGCGUUCAGGCCGCGCACGAUCCAGGAGUUCACUUUCAUGCUGGGCUUUCUGACUGCAAAGCCAUUGUUGGAGAAGCAGCAGAGCUGGAGUGUAAAGUGAGCAGGGAAGACUGUGUGGGACUCUGGUACAAAGAUGGACAAGAGAUCAAAUCAUCUGAGGGUAUAACCAUUUCAAAGGACGGAACUUUCCACAAGCUCAAAAUUCACAAAGUCACAGAGGAAUUCGCUGGAAAAUAUAAAUUUGAAGCAGAUGGACGGAAGACAGAGUCCUUGAUUGUUGUUGAAGAUCCACCCAGAUUUCCUGCUAAGGACCUGGAAGCAUUCAAAAAACCUGUAACAGUGAAAAAAGGACACAAAGCUACAUUCAAAGUACCUUACAUUGGACAGGAACCUAUAAAAAUUCUGUGGUACCUUGAGGGCGAAGAGCUUUCGGAGGAAGCAACUAUCAAGUUCGAUCACUCGGAGGGCUGCAGCCGUCUGCUUCUAACCAAGCUUCAGCGCAAGGACAGUGGUGAAGUCAAGAUCAAAAUCAAAAAUGAGUUUGGCACUGUUGAGGCCUUCAGCCAGCUUAUUGUACUGGAUAAACCCACUCCUCCAAUGGGACCUCUGGAGAUUGUGGAAGCCUCUUCCUCUGCAAUUGAUUUCAAGUGGAGGCCCCCAAAAGACAGCGGUGGCUGCAAGAUAGGCAACUACAUCCUUGAGCGUCAACAAGUUGGCCGCAACACCUGGAAGAAAGUGGGGCCAAUUGGUCCAGAGUCCAAAUACAGGGACUCUGAUGUAGACCACGGCAGGAGGUACUGCUAUCGCAUCAGAGUGGAGACUGAAAUGGGCACCAGUGAGCUGAUGGAAACAGAAGACAUUCAGGCCGGAACAAAAGCAUACCCUGGACCUCCAUCAGCACCAAAGGUUGUAACUGCCUUCAGGAACUGCAUCAACCUCUCUUGGUCUCCUCCAUCUGACACUGGAGGAACCAAUAUUCUGGGAUACAACCUUGAGAAACGCAAGAAGGGCAGCAACAUGUGGGGUCCAGUCAAUCCACAUGAUGACAUGAUCAAAGGUAAGGAAUUUGGAGUUAAAGAUGUGGUCGAGGGCAUGGAGUACGAAUUCCGAGUGUCAGCAAUCAACAACUCUGGAGCGGGUGAAUUCAGUUCACAAUCUGAGUUUGUGUUUGCCAGAGAUCCGAAAAAGCCUCCUGGUAAAGUCAUAGACUUCAAAGUGACAGAUUCCACCUACACAACCCUGUCCCUGUCUUGGACCGUACCCAAGGACAUUGAGGGGGUUGAGGAUGAAGCCAAGGGCUAUUUUGUGGAGAUCAGGCCUGCAGAGAGCACAGACUGGGACCGCUGCAAUUCAAACGCAGUAACUAUGACUUCCUAUACAGUGAAAGGCUUGAAGUCAAUGGGCAUGUACUGGGUGAGAGUCAUAGCUACUAAUGAUGGAGGACUGGGAAAGUCACAGGAACUGGAUAAUUACAUCCUCGCUACGCCACCGCCAGUGAGACCACGAUUCACAGAUGCCAAAAUCAAGAGUUUCAUGGUGGUGAGAGCAGGGAAUUCUGCACGAUUCACCAUUAACUUUGAGGCAUCUCCUUGGCCUGAGGUCACCUGGCUGAAAGAUGGAUCACCAGUGCCUAAAAAGGUGACCAUUAGCAAUGCAGAGGAAACAUCCCAGCUGCUAAUUCCUUCCGCUGAGCGCUCAGAUACUGGAAUCUAUACCAUCAUUGUCAAGAACAUUAUCGCCCAAGAAUCAUUUAGCAUUGAAAUAAGAGUCACAGAUGAGCCGAAGCCACCAGGUCCUGUAGAGACUGACGAAAACGUGCCCGGCACAGUGACCAUUUCAUGGACCUCGUCACCAGAUGAGAAACGUGAUGACAGGCUGCACUACAUGGUGACUAAGCGUGAUUCAAGUAAAGGCACUUGGCAAACCAUUGCAGAUCACAUCUUCAACAAUAAAUUCACAGUCUGCAACAUAGUGCCGGGCAGAGAAUACCAGUUCAGAGUCUUUGCAAAGAAUGACAUGGGCGCCUCCAAAUACUCCGCAUCACCGAAGUGGCUGAUUUCUAGCAAAAAAGAAAAGUUCACUGUGAACGUGCCAGAAACAAAGCCAUGUAAUCUACAGUGUCCUCCCAAGUUCCUUGUCCCACUGAAAAGGCACACUGCUCCUCAAGGGUAUGAAUGCUACAUGAGCUGUGCCGUAAAAGGGGAUCCAACACCUCAUGUGACUUGGCUCCGCAACAAUAUCAGUCUGAAUACCAACACUAACUACUUCAUAUCCAACACCUGUGGAGUCUGCUCAAUGCUCAUAUUGACGGUUGGAUCUAAAGACACCGGGGAGUACAAGAUUGUUGCAGAAAACUCCAUGGGGCGGGCAGAGUGCUCCACUAACCUGACAGUCAGAGAAUAAAUGAACGCACUGAAGAUGGAAGAAUUGCUCUAAAAUGCUUAAAAUGCUUAAAAUGUGUUUGUAAUUCACAUGUUGUCAAAUGUAGAAUGAAUGAUUAUGUAUUUUGCCGUGAUACUUUUCUUAUAGGUUGCUAACUACUGGACUAAUCCCUAAACAGGCCGGCAUUUAUUCAAAGUUAAACUCGCAAUAGCGUCUUAGAGAUGCAAAUGUUGCUGAAAUAAAAGCCACAAACUUGGUUUGUUUGUUUUGGGCAAUCUCAAUAAAAUGGAAGCUUUAAAUACUAGUGUGCAACGCAGCAUAUUUUAACGCGGGUAGUAUGCAUGUUGAAUACCAAAAACAGUGUCCUGUACUGAAAAUACAGGACACAUGUGUGUUAUUGAUUUUAGUAGUUCUAUUUUAAGAUGUCUUUCUCACCCUAAUGGAACUAUCUGCUUGUGUCUUUCAAUUAUAUUUAAAUGUAGAGGUUGUUUGUUUGCAAUUACUGUUCCUCUAAACUGAAAUGACAAUAAAUUACUGAAAUAACA